GUCGUUACAAGCUUCAAUGGCAUGAAGUAACCGGGAUACACACGACCAAUGGAUGUUCCAGUAGCAGCAAAUGUGCUGGGUGUGACUGGCGCAGUUUGCUGGUCGGUUCAGCUCAUUCCCCAGAUCGUCAUCAACUAUCGCCGCCAUGACACAACGGGGCUUCAGCCAACAAUGAUGAUGUUGUGGGCCAUUGCUGGUAUUCCACUUGGAGUAUACAAUAUUGUGGGAGACUUCAAUAUUGCUUUGCAGGUUCAACCGCAGUUGUUGACGCUGCUGAGCCUGAUCACAUGGAUCCAGUGCAAAUACUACGGGAACAAAUGGUCUCUGACCAAAUCUGCAGUUAUUGUCACCCCUGUCGCUCUUGUCAUGGGUGGGAUUGAGUGUAGCCUUGUCUUUGCCUUGCGCAAAGCCCGCGACAAUCAAGUCGAAUGGCCUGCAACCCUGAUGGCUGUCCUGUCUGCCUGCCUCCUUUGCGCAGGGGUUUUGCGACAUUACUGGGACAUUUACAAGGAGAAGACGGUGAGAGGAAUAUCAUGGCUGUUUGUGUUCAUCGACGCGAUGGGAGACUUGACAUCGUUGAUUUCAGUCUUCUUCCAGGCCGAGUUGGAUAUCCUGGGAAUGGUCAUAUAUGGUUCAGAGUUGGUCUUGUGGCUUGGAGUCUUUGCAUGCGGCGGGUAUUUCAAUUUCAGACCUUGGUUACGCAGGCAGCUGGAGAAGCGCCAGACAGGUUCAGAGGAUCCAGAAGAGUACACCAGCCAGAAUGGGGAUGCAGUGGGACGAAGCAUGUCACGACAAUCGUCGAGUACUGUCUUUCGGACUGCGUCUGCCACAUCUGACAUGUUGGACACUCAAAAUUCGUUGAGAAUGCGUGGGGGAGCUUCUGUUGCGCAUCGUGGCAGCCUAGAGUGAUUAAUUUAUUUGAUAUCCAUGUCAUCCAUCCCACAACCCAUUCAAUGUAGCAUGACGAUAUUCGCAUUCGGUAGAAUAUGAAAGAACUGACCUGUAUGAUGGAUUGGACCCUG